GGCGCGGGAUGGCGGCGUCGCGGGCGCGGGGCGGGGACGACGCGCGGCGCGAGCGAUGGGGUACGCCGCGAGCGCGGUCGCGACGGCGUGCGCGGUGAAAAAGGCGUGGGACGUCGCGUUCGCGCGCGACGACGGCGGUGACGCGGCUGAGGAAGCGACGACGACGACGACGACGACGACGACGACGACGGGAGGACGCAAUCGACGAGGCGUGCGCGUGGACGGUGGAGACAGCGCGGAAGUCCUGCGCGUUGGGUCGUUCGGAUCGCGCGAGAGUCAGCGCGGGAUGAGCAGCUCGACGAGUCGAGAGGAUGAAUUUUGGAGCGACGAGGGCGACCUGGAGGGGUCGCGGACGUCGGGACAGUUUUUCGCGAGCGCGAGUGGAGAAGACGUGAACGAUGAGAACACGCCUAAUUUUUUCGCGAGUACGAAGUUUUUUAGCGUGUUAGAGUUGGAGUUGUCGAGAGAGCUGUUUGAGGCGUCGGAGGAGGAGGUGUUGGCGCCGAAUGAAGUGCUUUUUCGGCAAGGAGACGAUAGUUCGAGUGGGAUAUACGUCGUCGUCGAGGGAUCGGUGGGAGUGUAUUUGCAACCGACGAAUGGAGCGCCACCUGUGAUGACGAAUAUUUUACAAGAGGGAGAGUCGGUGGGAGAUAUAGACAUCCUCGACAGCGCGAGACGAAGCGUGAGUUGCAUCACCAUGCAGGGCGGGGCAAAGGUAGUGCGAGUCUCACAGCGCAUCUUCUUAGACUUCGUUCGAAAGCAUCCGCACACUUUGCAGCUGUAUUUGCAACAAGCGAUCGCGCGAUUGUGGCGCGUGGCGCAGUUUUCGCUGAUUGAUUUUCUUGGCAUGCCUCGGCAAUCGCUUCGCGGUCAACCUGAGGCGGACGACGCAUGCUCGCUCGCAAAUUCAGAUUUCUUGGAGCACUUACCGACCGUGGAGAAGUAUUGCGCACGCAAACAAAUAAAAAAGGGUGAGAUUAUUUUUGCCGAAGGAGAUUCUACGGAUGCGUUUUACAUCCUUCUGAAGGGAUCGAUUGCGCGGGAAGCCAUUCCAUGGCCGAAAGGCGACGGGCUGCGUGGGAAGCCGGUGCGAGCGUUACAGUUGAUCGGUUCGGCGCACUUUAUGACACGCUCACUCUUCAGAGAAACCCAACAGGCGGAUGAAGAUUGUGAAAUGCUCGUCAUAACAGGAGAAGUUCUCGAGCAUUUGUGUACAGCUGAAACUGAGGCAUACAUCUCUUUGCUCCGUCAAACGUCUUCGUCUCUUGGCGUUCUCAUUCGUAAUUUCAUCGGCUUCGGUCUCAAUCGAGUGUGGCUGAGAAGCGGAGAUCACGUCUUUAUGACCAAUGAAGAUGCCACAAGUAUGUUUGUCAUCAUCAGUGGACGCGUGCGUUUACGGUUUCCACGUCACACGAGUAGUGGAGAUGAAAUAAUUCGGGAACGCGGUCGAGGCGAUACCAUCGGAGAAGCGCCUUUACUCGCGCAUGGGAAGUAUUCCUCAACUGCAGUCACUUCACGCGAUACAGAACUCGUCAGAAUGUCGCACGGAGCGCUGAAACUGAUCAACGCGCAUCACUCUGAGGUAUCGAGUCGACUUCUUGAACUCGUCGCUUGCAAACUGCAGAAUAACCUUCGAACUGGCGACCGUUCGCUCGCUGAGCUCGUGACGAUCUGCCUCAUACCUGCGGGCCCACGCACACAAAUCAACGAGUUUGCAAGCGCUCUUCAAAGUGCGCUUUCCAUGUUUGGAUCCACACUGCUGCUAACGAGUUCAGUUAUCGAUGAAAUUUUCGCUGACGAAACGACUCAUCGCCUAGACAACCUGUUUUACCGUUCAAAGCUCACUGGAUGGAUGGCAGAACAAGAGGAAGUGCAUCGUUUCAUCGUCCUCCAAGCGGAUCCGCGUGCAUCAAGUUGGAGUAAAGUUUGUGCGAGCCAAGCGGAUUGUGUAUUAGUCGUGGCACACGGCAAUCAUGAGAAUAAGAUGCCGCUUCUGUACGAGCAACGACUACUUUGGCGCACACGAAACAGCGCACGUCCAGAACUGGUACUAAUUCACGAGCCUGGAAGCACGCCGUCGCAAACAAAGACUUGGCAGGAAAACAGAACUACAAUCAAACGCCAUCAUCACGUGAGACUAGCGUCGAGGGAUGACAUGUCACGCCUCGCGAGGUAUGUGUCCGGACAUAGCGUUGGCGUGAUCUUGACCGGCGGAGGCGGCGGUGGUUUGGCUCAUUUGGGCGCGUUACGUGCGCUCGAGGAGAAUGGAAUUCCAAUCGAUUGUAUCGGUGGCACCAGUCAAGGCACGCUCACAGCAGGGAUGUAUGCUAGGACAUUAUCAACAUCGCACAUACUCCCAAUGCUUCGCAACAACAUGCACGUUCUGAACUCUCCUCAUCAUUUGCUCACCGAUCUCACACUCCCGCUGCUUUCGCUCUUUAGCGGCAAGGGCUUGGACACCAUCAUCAAGAGUUCCGUGGGCGCUGAUACCUCCAUCGAAGAUCUGUGGCUGAACUUUUUCUGCUGUAGCACAAAUUUAAACAAACAGUGUUUGAAUGUGCACACUUCUGGACGUCUUUGGCGGUGUAUUCGAGCGUCGAUGACGGUUCUCGGGCUCUUGCCUCCGGUUCGCGACGAGAAUGGUGAGUUACUCGUUGACGGGGGCUACCUGAACAGCGUUCCCGUAGACGUGAUGCGAAAAGAGAUGGGAGUCGAGACUGUGAUCGUUGUGGACGUAGAAGACAAAGAUUUCAUUAGCUUCCGCGAUCUCACGCCGCACGAUGGAGGCAUGAGCAGUUUCGGCUUGCUGUGGGAUCGAUUGAACCCGUUUGACUCGCGCAAGUCAAAGAGUGCCUCAGAACGACUGGAUCACCCAUCGUACGCGGACGUUCUGAACGCAUUGACGGCGACGACGACGAAGAAGCACCUCGAGCUCGUCGCGCGAGACCAUCGAAUCAACAUGCACCUCCGACCUCCAGGCGUGUCUUCGUGGAUGGCUCACGGCUUGACGUUGUCUCAGAUGGACGCUGCGGUGCGAAAGGCACAAGCGUACACGAACACCGCCAUCACGAACUGGAAGCACAAAGCGAAGGAGGAACGGCGAAUUUCAGACGUCGACGUCAACAAACCUCACGCUGAACUCCAAAUGGCCGCAUCGGCGUUUGCCGCCGUUAGCGAUCCCGAGUCGCCAAACAUCUCUCCUCACGUCUCUCCGCGCAACAGUUUCGACAGAAACCGCGUUUCACCUCAUCGCUCACCGCGAACGAGCGGGUCAAAGUCAACGAGCUUGCCCAAACCGCCGAAUAUGCGCGUGAACGUUGUCACCGAGCGAGCUUCGGACUCCAUGAAGCAGCGCACGACUCGCAAAUCCGGCGCCACGCCUCGCGCCGCCCUCUUGCCGAGCAACGACCCCGCCGAGACUGCGUCUACGCUCUCUCCGCGUCCUGGUUCCCAGCUUGUUCGCACGUUCACUGAUCACAGCCAAUCAGACGCUCCCUUAGCGAUCGAUCCAGCGCUGUUCAUGAGCACGCAAUCGCAAAAUUAAUGUCCGCACGAGGA